AUGGCCUCCUUUGCAACUCCCCUGCCGCAGUCAAGCCGGUCCGAGGUCCUCGAGUGGCGCUUCCCGAAACCGUACCACCAGUAUGUCCUGACUGGCAAAUCACGGGCGGCAUGGCAUACCUCAUUCGUCAUACCUCAGCUCAACCUCCUCCUCGACGCGGGCCUCGUCGUCAACAACCUACGGCCCAAGCACAUCUUUAUCACGCACGGCCACGCCGACCACUGCUUGCUCAUUCCUGCCUUCACCAAGCGGGAAGAUCCGCCAGACGUCUUCUGUCCCGUUGAGAUGAAGAAGGCCCUUGAAGACUUCAUCCUGGCCAAGACGCUCCUUAACCGUGGCGGGCUGUACACGAGCGACGAUGCAGAGUCGCUAGGGCUGCCGUUAGAUGGCAAGGGCGUGGACGACGAGGGGCGCACGGAAGGUGAGAGGGCGUUUCUGGGCACCCACAAGACGACGGCCGUCAGGCACGGAGACGUCGUCCCACUGCGGAGGCUCAAGGGCAUGGACGCCAUGGUGAUCCAGUGCGACCACAACGUCCCGAGCGUCGGCUAUGUCUUCACCACCACGACCCACAAGUUGAGACCCGAGUACACCGCCCUGCCCGGCGCGGAGCUGAAGAGCCUCCGGCUGUCGGGCGUGGAGCUGACGGCGCCCGUCACAACGCCCGUCUUCGCCUUUCUCGGCGACACCACGGCGUCGACGCUCGCCGCCGAGCCUGAGUGGCUGCGGCAGGGCAUCCCCGUCGUCAUCACCGAGUGCAGCUUCCUGUACGACGAGCACGACGCCCAGGCCGAGAAGACGAAGCACACCAAGUGGAAGGACCUCGAGAAGGUGGUGCGCAAGUGGCCGAAGACGACGUUCAUUCUGACGCACUUCAGCAUGCGUUACAGCAAUAAAGACGUCGUGAACUUUUUCAAAGGCCUCGAGGACGCGCCGACGAACAUUGUAGUUUGGGCGGACGGUCAGCUGGAGUGA